AUGGCUAUGGUGGUGAUUAUGUCUCUUCCAUCGUCACUCCAUCCGCUACCUCUUCCGUUACGAUUCCGUCCACCUCCAGAUCCGCCGCCCCGUCUGCCUUUUCCGAUGUCGUUUGAAGCCCUCUGUCCGCCGCUGUGGUUGUCUUCUCUAAUACCGUCCGAAGCUCUCUCUCCACCAGAACCACCUGAUCUGCCGCCGUGUUCGCCUUUUCCGGUGACGUUCGAAGCUCUCUUCCCGCCGGAACCACCAGAUCCUCACGAUGCUUCAUGCCGUCUCUCUGUUCUUCUGGACGUUGACACACCAUUCACUUUGGUUCGUCUCUACUCUUCAAUCUCAGUUUGUUCUCAUGUAGAUUGGUAUGAGAUGAUUGUUGUCUGGGUGUCUCCGAAUAUAUGGAUUAUGGUCUUGAAUUGCAAUGUUCCAGUGACCUUUGGUUCAUUCGGUUCUGAUGUUGUGCCAGCUCGUGGCUUUUCUGUCGCCUUCGUGCGAUUUCCCGCAGUAUGCGGUCCCUCUAUGUUUGAAAGGACACUCACUUGGCUUCUCCAGUUGAAUAUGAGUAUAGAGGGUUUUCAUUACCCUGUAGCUUCCUUCGUGAGGCUGUUCGUCUUCCCAAUAUUUCCUCCUUUAUGGAGUGAAGUGGAUGUUCAAGCGUCGCUAGUAUGGCUGAUGCUCUUCUCUGCAUAUGUUGCAGUGUUUGUAACUUCUGAAGUUACACGUUUAUUUGGCUCUUAG